AUGGCUCAUGUGAUUGAACACUGUCGCUUUGCCUGCGCCAUCGAUCCGCAAUGUUUAGGCAUUGAAUUCGUGAAGGGUGUUUUCUGCGCUUCAAUAAGAAAGUACAGGGCCGACAAGGUGGUUCGUUACCUUGGAACUCUGGCUGAGCGCAAACCUAGUAAGUGUUAUGGGGUUCAGCAUCAGAUAUUUGACUGA